CCGCAGGACGACAGAGACCAUGAAGAGCCUGCUCCUUCUCACCGUCCUGGCUGCCUUGGUGGUGGCGACUUUGUGUUAUGAAUCUCAUGAAAGCAUGGAAUCCUAUGAAAUUUAUCCCUUCACAAACAGAAGAAAUGCUAAUACCUUCUUAUACCCGCAGCAGAGAUGGAGAGCAAAGGCACAAGAGAGAAUCCGAGAACGCUCCAAGCCUGUCUAUGAGAUCAACAGGGAAGCCUGUGAUGACUACAAACUUUGCGAACGCUAUGCCAUGGUUUAUGGAUACAACGCUGCCUAUGAUCGCUAUUUCAGGCAGCGCCGAGGAGCCAAAUGAGAUUGGAAAAAAAUUGUAUUUUCCUGGAGGCUAGUGCCUGGUUUUGUACCCCCUUGCGGUAGCGUAACUAAAACAUGUAGAUACAUACACAAUGCUUGGUUCCUACAUAGUCUCUUGUCUGGCUGCACCUCUCUUUCCUGUCCCCAGAUUGAUAAGUGACAAACAUGCAUUGCAGUGUAGGUCAACGGGGAGUUAAGGUGUGUAAUUAUUACGUAAUAAACUUCUGGUUUCAUACUUUCA